AGUCAGAACACAAACAGACGGAGAAACAAAACUCCGGCCGAGCUCUGAACCAGACGCUGGUUUCAGGAGUCAGACGUGGAUCCGGUCAGAUGUUGCUGCACGUUGUCAACCUGUUUCUGUUUCUGUUUGUGUGUUUGUGUGUGUAGCUGGUUGUGCGUCUGAUGAUGAGGUGUGAACAUGGAGGCUCCUGAGUACCUGGACCUGGACGAGAUCGACUUCUCCGACGACUCGGUGUAUUCGGUCACGUCUCUGAAGAGCAUCCCGGAGUUAUCGAGGAGGAGCGAUGGACCAGCGGAGGAACGGCCGGCUCCGGCCAUCAACUGGAGUCGCGGCGUGUCGUCGCACGGCGGCGGAGGAAUCAAACCCACGGGCCUCGCCGAGGUCCACAGCAAGUUCCGUCCGGUGAAGAGAGUCUCUCCGCUCAAACACCAGCCCGAGACCACCGACUCGGACUCCGACGGCAAAGCCCAGAACCAGGGCCUGGUUCUGGGGGAGCCGGCCGAGGGCGGCAAGGAUGACCCCGGUUCCGAUAAACCCGCCAACGCCUCCAACUCGUCCUCGGACGGGCCCGGGGGGAAGGCCAAGGGGCUCGGAGGCGGCGGCGGUGGCGGCAACCCUCAGGCGCUGUUCGGCGAGCUGGAGCACUACGACCUGGACAUGGACGAGAUCCUGGACGUGCCUUACAUCAAGUCCAGCCAGCAGAUGUCCACGCUGCCCCGAGUCCCCCACGACAAGCGCUCGGUGACGGGCAGCAACCUGGGAGGAGGAACCCUGGAGAGGAACCGGGGAGGAGGCCUGAAGGGCUCCGCUCUGCCCCACGGCGAGCCUCUGAGUCUGGGAGGAGGCAGCAGCCAGACACCGUACUGCGUUCUGUCUCCGGUGAAGUGGUCCGACCUCAGGAAGUCCAAGUCCAUGGAUCCAGACCUCCAUCACCUGCACCGCUCCCCAGGAGGAGGAGGAGGCUACCAGCCGGAGCUGCUCUCCUCGGGCCUCCUCAGCUGCUCCUCCUCCAUGUCGUCCUUCUCCGACGCCGACAAGCUGCUGUCGGCCCGGGUCUACCCAGACUCCCAGAACCAGAGGCCCAGCGUGGAGCCUCCAGGAGGUCCAGGGAUGAUGUUCCCCCUACCGGGGUGCAGCGUGGGCAGGCAGGACGGAUCCAAACCCUGGACUCCUGGAGCUGGAGGAGGAGGAGGUGGAGGAGGACCAAGGGGGUUUGGAGGAGGAGGAGGAGGUGGAGGGGAGGUGGACGAGGAGACCAAGAAGAACCAGAACAUCAUCAACAUCGUCAGAGAGGGACAGAUCUCACUGCUGCCUCACCUGGCAGCCGACAACCUGGAGCUGAUCAGGGACGACGACGGGAACAACCUGCUCCAUAUCUCGGCCUCCCAGGGCCACGCCGACUGCCUGCAGCACCUCACCUCCCUGAUGGGGGAGGACGGCCUGAACGAACGCAACAACCAGCAGCUCACGCCGGCCGGCCUCGGCGUCAAGAACGGCCAUCUGGAGUGUGUGCGGUGGAUGGUGAGCGAAACCGAAGCCAUAGCCGAGCUGAGCUGCACCAGAGAGCAUCCCAGCCUGAUCCACUACGCUGCCCGCUACGGACAGGAGAAGGUUCUGCUGUGGCUGCUCCAGUUCAUGCAGGAACAGGCCAUUUCUCUGGACGAGGUCGACCAGAACGGAAACACGGCGGUUCACGUGGCAGCGCAGUACGGACACCUCACCUGUAUACAGACCCUGGUGGAGUACGGCUCCAACGUGACGGUGCAGAACCAGCAGGCCGAGCGUCCGUCCCAGAGCGCCGAGCGCCAGGGCCACACCACCUGCGCCCGCUACCUGGUCGUCGUGGAGACCUGCAUGUCGCUGGCGUCGCAGGUCGUCAAGCUCACCAAACAGCUCAACGAACAGGCAGCAGAGAGGAUGACUCUGCAGAAACAGAUGCAGAGACUGAUGGACCCCAACAAAGCCGAGGGAACCCCCAACAGGUCGCCAAGGUAA